AAACCAUUUCAAUUACUAUAACAUCGUCAGCCUAUUUAUACAUAAGUCGUAGGUAUUUUUUGUUAAACCAAUUUUAUUUAAAAUUUUUAUUCUUUCGUCGUUAUUUUACUAACAUCAUGACAAUUUUUUUGUUAGUAAGUUUGUUAUUGGUUUUUAUAAUUUUAAUUUUGAUAUUCACAACGUGUUUCUGUGCUCGGAGACCCAAGGAACAUUACCGCUUGUGUGCAAAAUUACCAUCCAUGCAACGAGGAUACUUGACUGAUUUAAAGUUCUCUUUUCAAUUAUCUACACUCAAAUCUAAAGAUGUGUUGCCGUUUUUUAGUAAAAUCUUUAAACAUCAUGGGCCAUUGGUGCAUAUAAAUGUAUUGGGACAUUCAUACGUGUUGUUAAACGAUCCAGACGAUAUAAAAGCUUUAUUAUCCAGUCCGCAUCAUAUAAACAAAGGGCCAGAGUAUGGAAUGCUUAAACCUUGGUUAAAUAAAGGUCUUCUAACAAGUGGAAGUCUAAAAUGGCAAAUGAGAAGAAAAUUGUUGACGUAUACAUUUCAUUUUAAAAUAUUGGAAACUUACAUCCCUACGUUUAAUAAACAUGCUCAGUGCUUAACAAAAAAACUUGAAAAUAUGGCUAGUAACAAUCAACGUGUAUCUAUUUAUACUCAUAUGACACUUUGUGCAUUAGACAUUGUUUGUGACACAAUAAUGGGAACUGAAUUGCGAUCUCAAGAGGGUAAAUCUAUAGAAUAUGUUAAAGCAAUAAAUACAGUAACUGAUGUCAUGAUUAAACGGAUAUUCAAAUUUUGGCUUUGGAAUGAAAGUAUUUUUAAUCUAAGUCAAAAUGGAAGAAAUUUUAAUAAAUCUCUUAAGGUUUUACAUACGUUUACUGAAAACGUGAUUAAAGAAAAGCGAGCUAAACAUGAAACUGUUAAUUGUUUAGAAACUGAAGAAUUAAGUUUUGGAAAAAAACGAGUAGAAUCAUUUCUUGAUCUUCUAAUUGGAAUAUCAAAACAAAAUCCAGAAAAAAUGACAGAUUCGGAUAUUAGAGAAGAAGUUGACACAUUUUUAUUUGAAGGACAUGACACAUCAUCAACUGCCAUGACAAUGGCUUUCAUACAAUUGGGAUUGCAUCAAGACAUCCAAGACAAUGUAAGGGAAGAAUUAUAUUUAAUAUUUGGAAAUAGUGAUAGAGAAGCAACUAUGGCAGAUCUUAAAUCUAUGACAUAUUUAGAUCGAGUAAUAAAGGAAACUAUAAGAUUAUAUCCAAGUGUUCCUGGUGUUACUAGAAAGCUUAGACAACACCUUCAAAUUAGGGAGUACCAAAUUCCACCACAGUCAGUAGUUGCAGUAAUACCAUACUUACUACAUCGAGAGGAAAAACAUUUUCCAAACCCUUUGACAUUUGAUCCAGAUAGAUUUUUACCCGAAAACAGUAUCAAUAGGCAUCCUUAUGCCUUCAUACCAUUUAGUGCUGGUCCAAGAAAUUGUAUUGGACAAAAAUUUGCCAUGCAUCAAAUGAAAACUAUAAUAUCAACUGUUAUUAGAAAGAUGAAAAUUGAAACAUUAGGAAGUCAAGAUGACAUUAAAAUAGGUGCGCAAUUGAUUUUGCGACCUGAAUCAUUACCUGAUAUUAAACUAACCAAGAUUAAGUAAUUUUUUUUUUGAUUAAUUUGAAAUAUAAAAAUUGUUGAUUUUUAUAUUUCUAUUAUUUUAUUUGUUAUAAAAUACCAAUUAUUAUAGAAAGAGCCAGAGCUGAGUAAGAUGCCUUAAAAAAGUAUUUUUAUAUAAGCUAUAUUUAUUUUUAGAAUCUAAGUACCUACAAGAUACUCUAAUUAUAAGUGUUCAAACAUAAAUUUUCGAUCUAAUGUUUUAUUAAAUGUAUUAUAGUUAUUAUGUAUUAUUUAAAACUAAUGAUAAGUGCAAGAUCAGUACCAUUAUAACUAUAAUUUCAAUACAUUUGUGUAAUUUAGUUAUGUUAGAAUAAAUAAAAUAACUACAAUCGUAGUUUUCUACAAUUUUGUAAGUUGUGACCAACUAGGUAAAAUUAUUAGGAUAUAAUUUAUGAUAAAAAUUGUUGAAUUUUCUCUAAAAUAUGGGUAUCAGAUGUUGAACAUGACAUGUCUGCCUGCUUAUUGUCAACUUAAUCUUUCUUUACUGUCUAUACUGAUAAACUACAAAAUUAAUACUAAUCAAAAACAUUUAAAUGAUGCUAUCUAGUACAAAAUUCAUUCACUAAUUCUUUCAUAAUUUAAUUAUUUUUAAGUUCUUUUUCAACCAAAUUAACUUAUCUAACCUGUCUAAACACAUUCCUAGAUACUCUAUAAAUUACACAUUAAUUGAACCGAUUUGUAGUCAGUUUCAGACUCCUUCUUAGAAUACCUACCUAAGUCAUAAGAAUAUAUUUAAUAUUAUCUCAUUACCACAAUAUAUGUACUCUAUAUUUGUAAUUAAAUGUUUUAUUAUUUA